AAAGUGUUAAAAGUCUUUGUUGAACACAGAAGAGAAGCUUCUUUAAUAAUAAUCAUAAUUAUGCCAGUCAAACUCAAACAUUGUUAGAGUUGAGCCUGUUCUCCUGCCUGUGAUUGGUUGAAGUUGAACACGCCUCAAAUACUCCGACUGUAAACUAACCAGGAAACAUCUUUGGACUGAACAAACCUGUAAAACCAUCUGAGUUUCUCACACUUCUUCAGUUCAGCUCAAACUCUCUGAGCACGAUGAAGACGCUGAUGAUGCUGAUCGUCCUCUGUCACACUGCAUCUGCAGCGACACACUCGCUGAUGCAUUUUAUCACUGCAUCUGUUGGACUUCCAAACUUCUCAGAAUUUCUUGGUGUUCUAGCAGUUGAUGGUGUGAACGUGGUUUACUGUGACAGCAGCAGCAAGACAUUUGAAACGAGGCAAGACUGGAUGGAAACAGCAUUUAAGAACAACACGCAGCUGGAAACGUACAAAAACUUUUGUUUUAAGAAUCAGCCGGUCAUCUUUAGAAGCAUGAUUCGGAGUUUGAGGGAGCUGUUCAACCAAAGUGGAGCUCACUUUUUGCAGAGGACAGGUGGAUGUGAAUGGGAUGAAAACACUGGAGAGGUGACUGGUGUGAUACAGUAUGGUUAUGAUGGAGAAGGCUUCAUUGAAUUUGAUUCGAAGACUCUGACAUGGACCACACUUAAACCAGAGGCCGUCAUUUUGCAACAGGCAUGGAACAAAGAAGCUUUGAUUACUGCUACUGCAGCUAUCGUCACCGCAAUUUGUCCACAGAGGCUGAAGUUAUAUGUGUCCACCGGAAAAAGCUUCCUGCAAAGAAAAGUUCUUCCCUCAGUGUCUCUCCUCCAGAAGUCUCCCUCCUCUCCAAUCAGCUGCCACGCUACAGGUUUCUACCCUGAUAGAGCCAUGAUGUUCUGGAGGAAAGAUGGAGAGGAGGUCCAUGAAGGUGUGGAUCAUGGAGAGAUCCUCCCCAACAAUGACGAGACCUCCCAGAUGAGUGUUGAUCUGAAUGUUUCAUCGGUCACUCCUGAAGACUGGAGCAGAUACGAGUGUGUGUUUCAGCUCUCUGGUGUUGAGGACAGCAUUGUAACCAAACUGAAUAAAAGAGUGAUCAGAAUGAACGGGAUGAAAAACCAAACGGGUGUUGAUGCAGAGGUACCCAUCACUGCUGCAGUGCUUGUUCUUGUUCUCAUCCUCAUUGCUGUAAUUGGAUUUGCUGCUUACAAAAAGAAGAAAGAAAGACGUCCAACAUCUCGUAAGUACAGCUUAUUUUUGUUAUCUGGGUUUUAA